AGGACGUUUGAAAUUGUGACCCCGCGGGUGCACCGCACAUGGAUUUCGAUGAGUUGGACGACAUCGAGGAGCGUCAGCGCCGCGCACUGCAAGAGAUUCAGCGCGUUCGGGCGGAGCAGACGCGGCGGGCUGUGCAGGAGCAGUACCAACAGCGGCAACGAGCGGUGAAAGCUGUGAAGCCAGUUCAGCCGGGCCCGUCGCCUCGCAGGCCUGAUCCACCAGAACCGCAGGACCUGGAACCAGCACAGCCCGUUGGCCUGGCCGGUUUUCAUCCUUUAUGGAGCCUGCAGCACCAGAAGUCCGCACUGCCGGCCAAAGAACCAGAGCCCGUGGAACGGCGCGCGCCGCGCGCGCCGCGGCGGCGGGGCUUCCAGGAGUUUCAGAAAGAGAAGCAGGAUAAGCAUGAGGAGCCAAAGCAGACUCCGCCUCCUGCGCCACUCGCAAGGCAAGAAGGCGGUCCAGAGGGGGAUCCCAUGGCGGCGUUUGCAGAUCGCCUGAUGGCACAGGCCCAGGAAGAGCGGGAGCUCCAGAAGCGCUGGGAGCACCAGCAGCUGAGCGACCAGACCCUGAAGGUGAAAUCUGCUCGGCCGGAGACGGAGGGCCUGGAAGAGGAGGACGAGGUGCCAGCUUUGAACGCCAUGAUUGCCAUCCUCGAUCGGCACGAAGAGGAGGAGCAAGAGUUUGAGCGCCUCAAGCCCUACCUGCCUGAGCUCGGGCGGCAGGGAACUCGGAGCAUCGUUCCCAUGGCCGAGGAUGGCAGCAAUCCUUUCGUCACCCAGGCGGUACAGGUCUUUCAGCAGUACUACCCGGACGUGGACUUUUCCUGUGCCUUCGGCGAGCACUACAAGGAGGUGCUGCAUGCUGCGGCGCAUCGUUCGGCACGGGGAGGCCACGUAGAGCAGCUCCAACUGCGAAACCUGGAGAUGGCUGAGGAGGAGCAGCGGCGGAAAGAGGAGCGCCGGAAACUCCUCAGGGACCUUCGCCAGCGGCGAUACUUGCUGCAGGAGAAGCAGCGAGCCAGGGGCUCUGUGGGUGACACGAAGAUUGCAAAGGUCGCUCCUCCAGCCAUGUCCUCGCAGGCGCUUUCAUUCCCCAGUGCGCCGAGCAGUGCUGCGAACGGGCUUCAGUUUCCGGGCAUGGAGGACGACGCCACCGAGACCGAGGUUUGCUUUCCAAGGGCAACGGCGGCUGUAGAGAAGAAGCAUAAGCCGCUGGGCCUGCUUGCUUCACUGAAGCUCGAGCUGGGAGAGGACGAUGAACCCUUCACCUUGGAGGAUCUCACGGGCUUGCCCCCGCGGAAGGCAGCUACGCAGCCAAGGCCGCCGACCCGCACUCUCGCAGAGGAGGCGGAUCGCCAGCGGAGGGCCAUGGAGCAAGAGCAGCGCCUCGAGCGGCUCAAGGAGCGGCGAAUGCAAAAGGAGAAAGCCAAGGCUUGGGAAAUGAAGGACGUUGGGCAACCUUUCAGUGCUUACCACCCGCGAGGGUAAGAUCAGUGAGGCGUGCCUGAGGCCCGGCAGUGUAGGUUGUUUCACAUGAUAGACACUGGCCGGCGGCCGCCGCAAAGGCCGCGUCUCAAACUCUGGACCCCAAAAGGCA